GUAAUAAUUGUUUUAAUGAUUGUACAUCAUUAACAUUAAUUUCGUUACCAACAACAAUAAGUAAAUUAGAAGACAUUUGUUUUGGAAACUGCUCUUCAUUGGCAUCAAUUGAUAUACCAUCAACAGUCAGUGAAUUAGGAAAUAAUUGUUUUAAUAGAUGUUAUUCAUUAACAUCAUUUAAUAUUCCAGCAUCAGUUCAUAAAAUAGGAAGUGAUUGUUUUAGUGACUGCCGAUCAUUGAGUAGUAUUACUAUACCGUCUUCAAUAAGUGAUUUAGGGGAUUGGUGUCGUUUCAAUGGAUGUACAUCAUUAACAUCAAUAAAUAUACUAGCAUCAAUAAAUGAAUUAGUAAAUGAACGGUUUAAAGAAUGUACAUCAUUAAAAUCAGUUAGUAUUCCAAUCACUGUUAGUGUUUUAGGGAUGAAAUGUUUUUAUGAAUGUACAUCAUUAACAAGAAUUGAUAUUCCAACAUCAGUAAGUGAAUUAGGAAAUGAAUGUUUUUAUGGAUGUUCAUCAUUAACAUCAAUUAAUGUACCGUCUUCUAUUAUAGAAAUAGGAGAUAUAUGUUUUGGUAGUUGUUCAUUAAGUUAUAUUUAUAUUCCAUCAUCUGUUAGUGAAUUAAGAGGUUGGUGUUUUAAAAAUUGCAAAUUGUUAACAUCAAUUGAAAUACCAUUAACCAUUACAUCAAUAGGGUCUGGGUGUUUUUAUGGAUGUACAUCAUUAACAUCUAUUACUAUGCCUUCAUCAGUUAAAAAUAUAGGAGAAUCUUGUUUUUUUAAAUGUGUGUCAUUAAAAUUAAUAACUAUGUCAUCAUCACUUGUGAGUAUAGCUGAUAAUUGUUUUGAAGGGUGCUCAUCAUUAACAUCAAUCACUAUUCCAUCAUCAGUUAGUGAAUUAAAGAACUGCUGUUUUAAAGACUGUACGUCAUUGAGUUAUAUCGAUAUACCAACGACAAUCACAUCAAUAGGAAUUGAUUGUUUUAAAGGAUGUCCAGAAGAUUUAAAAAAAAACCAAGUACUUAGACAAUUAUAUUAUCAAAUUGGUGAUGAUG